GGAGCCGUGGCAGCUUCCUAUGUUGACAGUGUGGGUCGGCGGUGCGGGGCUUCAUGAUGAGAAUGCUUGAGAGUAUCGACUGUGUGGUCACCAGGUCUGGGGAAGACCUCUGGGCUGAAAUUUGCUCGUGUCUGCCCCAUCCAGACCAGAAGGAUGCUGGUGAUGCUUUUACAGAUUCAUUCACAGAUGCUUACACUGACGGGGGAAGCCCAGAGAAUGCAUCAGCUGGCUCUUCCCAAGCAAAUCCGAAGCCCUGGGCACCUCUGAAUGAUUCAGAGAUAUAUUUAGCAUCCUUAGAGAGAAGGCUGAUGAGAAUUAAAGGCUUGUCUCAAGAGGUGACCUCCAAGGAUAUGCUGCGUACUCUUUCCCAGGCUAAGAAGGAAUGCUGGGACAGGUUCCUGCAGGAGAAGUUUGAGUCUGAAUUUUAUAUAGAGGGACAUGAAUCUGAUGAGAGCACACUGGAACAUCUAAAGCGAUGGCUGCAACCUGAUAAAGUGGCAAUCAAUACUGAAGAGGUGCAGUACCUCAUCCCUCCAGAAUCACAGCCAGAGAAGCAGGAGACUGAGGAAGAACUUCCAGCUGCAGAGCAGUGAGAUGCAUGCCAGCUGUGCACACGGCUUCCUCUGGUCCACACCCUGAUGAAGUUGUAGGCAGUUAGAGUAAUAACAGGAUGGGGUUGAGGGAAAGUGCCGAUUACUGGUCAGUUAUAAAAACAAAACAAAAAACCUCCAGAGAUAGUGACUGGUGGUGGUUAUUUACAGAAGUGAAAGGUCUGUGACAGAGUUUAUGCUGAGCUGAAAUCCUACUUUGAUCUACUCCCAGCCUGUAGCAACCUAAUCAUUCCAGUCUGAAUGUGAAUUGUUUGUAAUUCAUCAAGAGAAAUACUGAACAAAAAAGCAGUUGUUGAGAAGCAUCAGAAAAUAUUAUGGUCUAGAAUAGAAUAGAUAGAACUCAAACUGCUGAAUUAGUUCUUCUUCCUGUUUUGUACCCUUUUGUUAUGAAAUUGAGCAUAUUUUUCCUUCCUGCAAAGUGCACAGUGGUGUUUCCUGUUAAUCCUCAGUAUUUAUGUUUGGGCUGGCUCUGAGCUAUUCCUUGGAGUAGGUCAGAUAUUUUUCACCUAACUGAAUUUGGAACCCUAAAGGAAGCUAUCACUGUAAUAACUUCAAUAAUAACAUCUAUUCAAUUUUCACUGAAGUGAUAGCUACAGAAGGCUAUUUAACGUUCCUGUCUUUGUAAUGUACCCUUUUGGAAUAUCCCAGUUUAUUGCUCAUCCAAACUCUCUAUUACAGAAUAGAUGGGAGGGGGAGUAAUUUUGCAUUGUUUGUCACUUUGUGUCCAUUUCUCUUCUCUCCUUCAGUUUCCCCAAGAAAGUGACAGAUGAGAUUCCAUAUCAGGAAAAUAAGUGUUUACCAGGGAGGUUACAAGUGACUUGUUUUCAUCAGACUUGCACAGAAUUGUCUGACUUUAAAUGUGUUGUAAUGUAUAUUUCUUUUUCAUCCUGUUUUACUCUACAGGGAGUUGUUUCCCAUUAUUAAUCAAAGGAUCUGUAAUCAUAACUUGUGUAAGAUUGACUUUUUUAUGUGCAUUCCCUCUUAACAUUGACACUAACGGUCAAUAGAGGAAAGCAGCCUACAUCUUCUGUUGGAUAAAGCUCUUCACGCAGAAACUGUAGGGGUAAUUCUAGUAGUUUAUGCAAACUAAUAUCUCAUUUAAUAUGUAACCAUAUGAAAAUACAUUUUAAAACUAGCUCCUUGAUAUAGCUUCAUUGUUUUCCAUCUCUGUACAAUCAUAAAUGGUGCUAUUGUC